UUCCUUCCCAUAGUCCGUACACAUGCGGGGCUUAGGUAAGAUGAUAUCUAUCGCCUUACCUAAUCACAUGAGACCCACCAUUCUCUCUCUCUCCAAGAUUGCAACCUCUCUCAAGUCCCAACCGUGAUGACGGCACCCCAAGAACGAAACACCAUACAUCGACAAGGGACCCUCGACUACCAGCCCGACGUGGGGAGGGGGCCCCUUCGGCAGCGGUUCGGUGCAGCGCAGGGCUGCUUGCUUGCUGCUUGCUCGGAGGCCCGGGAUUCUCCUCAGCACCGGAUACCCAGAAACCACUGGCCCAGAUUGCGGAUCCCUUUAGCCAUUUGUGCCUCUUCUAGGUAUGUUCCCCCUUGUCCCCCUCAGCUUGUCCUUGCCCGGGAUUGGGGUUCUUGUAUACCCCUUCGACGCGUCUUCAACCUUCGAACCGGCUUCGAGAAAACUACGUCACUCCAGGGGGUCGCACCCAAUGGGAGCCCAACGAUGACUGCUUUUCCCCGGGCCUUGACACUAUUUCCGCCCCUGUGGUGUGACUGUGACUUGCUGGCCGCUUGUCUACCGCCUUUCACUCGCCCAGUCACCUCCAUCACUCGUCGAUCGCUUGCUCCUCCUGUCGUCGACCAAGGCAUCGUUGCCGGAGGCGCUCCAUCAUAUCACACGCUCUUGUACCAACGGUGUGGUCACCGCUGUCCACCGAACAAAAGUUGCAAAGUUCCUACUACGUAUCCACCUUUGAGAGGCUCUGUUCCAAACGUGGCGGCGGUGAGAAGCACCCAAUGCAGGGGCCCAAAGAGCAUGACCAGGGAAUCGACCAACCAGCUUCGACCCUCCAUCUGACCGCACACCUUGAAUCUCGCAACGGUGUAACUCUUCUUCAACAAUAUCGAUUUUCACAGACAAGAUCGGCGCAUCACGCCCUCCCGGAUCUCUGCCGUAUUGACCCUCCUUUUCUCACCGUACCUAUCAUUCCCAUGCGUCAACUACGUACCUGACUGAGCCGACCCUCUGUCUCGGCGCCAAACAAGAGAAAACCAGGGACGGGAGCAGUCUACCGGUCUGCCGCCCUCAACCCGUAUCCGUACCCUUGGUUACGGAGUCAAACUCCGAGAAAGGGGAGGGGGGCAUCGUCCACGAGACACCACGACCGUGU